AGACCAUCAGGCUCGCAUUAUUCUCCACGAAGACACCACUACUGUUCCUGCUUGAAUGAACACGGUAACAUGGUGAGCCGGGGUGGACGCUCGCGCGGUUGUGAACAGUGUCGUCGCCGGCGCGUCAAGUGUGAUGAGACUCGGCCGGUAUGUAAUCGCUGCACAAAGCGUGGGAUUGAUUGCAAUGGCCCAAAAGACGCCACAUGGAUCAACCAAAAUGCAGCCUUGCCUUUACGGCAUACUUCCAACCGUCCAGUAACUACCUCUCCAACAGAAAGCCAAUUGGUUCGGUACAGCUCUUCCAUCAGCCCAAACAUUUCCCUUACCGCUUUCGAGGAAAAUAUAUACAUCUCUUAUACCCGUAAAGUACUCUUUAAAGGAGGGCCGGUCGCGCUCGCGUGUGAUAUGGUUCAGCUUGAUACUCAAAGCACAAGUGUCAGCGAAACACCGGGUCUUGCCCUCCUUCGAAAUGCUGUAGUGAGCCUAGCCGUUACGUUCUAUGGAAGCCAACACCAUCAACCGAAGAUUACGACCAACGGUUACCAACUCUACGGAUCAACUCUGCGACAGCUAAACAUUCACCUGAGCAAACCCCAGCUUCAGACCACAGACGAAACAAUAUUGACAGUCUUCACCUGUCUGCUUCUGGAAAUCUUUCUUCCCACAGGCAAAAACCAUUUCCUAAGGCACAUUCGUGGCCUAGAGAGCAUCCUUGAACUUCGAGGGCCUCCUACUUCAACUUCAGGCUCGGACUCUUUCGUUUUAGCGCAAGGACUGCGACUAGCUUCGAUUUUCGGUGGAUUGGCCAUGUCAACCCCUUCAAUAUAUUCUCGCGAUGAGUGGAAGCGUUCGCCGUCCAUAGAAUCCAAUAAAGGGGAGAUCCUUCGACAUCGCCUAUUUGACGUACUGGCAGACUGUACUCGGCUAUUGAGCGAACGUAAUACGGUUCUUUCGUUAGGAGGGGCUGAAUCUCGUCAGCGCUUGCUUAAGGAGACUAGAUCUUUACUGGAAGAACUGAAAAGCUUGCGGGAUCUCUGGGCUAGCCUGAAUGCAGGUCGAUUGACAAAUGUUGUUGAUGGCCCCGAUAAUCAACCCAAAAGCCGCUUGACGGUCGCCAAUCAUGGUUCGGCCACUUUGCUGAUGUUGUAUAAUGCCACCCUCAUAUUUAUCACGGAUAUCCUGCUUCCAUUGGAUUCAUCGACCGAUUAUCGUUCAAUGCGGCAUGCUGCUGCAAUGGAGAUUGUCUAUUGCCUUGACACAAAGAGCUUCACGAAGCGUGAGGCCGGUGCCUACUCCAACUCAAUUGGCCAUAUCGCUGUAAAGGUCGCUUGGAAGGUCCUCGGAGGGUUUAAUUCCCCAGAAGGUCGCAAGUUAUCUCGGUUGGUCAAGGCUGCCAUUGGCGAUGUGUUUGCAGUCGGGGCGUGGGCUGAUGAAGCUUGGAAUGCCGGCUUUGAAUUAUGAUCGCAUCACGAGCCUGCAACUCCUCUCCAGGAUGGGAUUUGCUCAUUAAGGUGCGGCCUCAUUAGAAAUUGGAUCACGUGUCUGUAUCUUGGCCUCUCCAUGCCUUUUCAUUUAGCCGGCGGAAGCCAGGCCAUUUCGAUAUGAGUCUACAACGUCACUUUCUGUUAUUAUUGUCGGAUGAAGGGGCGACUCUAAGCCUCAAAAGAACUUUCCAUCGUUUCACAGCGGCCGUAACCUAUUUAAUCCACAUGCGUGUCGCAACAGAAUCA